UAUAUACGGAACUUUAGUCAGUUUGCGUCACGCGCGUAGUUCGUGAUUUACGUCGAGCGAGUGUUCGAUAAAUAUAUACUUGUCAAAUCGACUCACAAUGGCCGGGAUUAAAGGUUAUUCGGCGUAUUUCUAAUCACUUCACGCGCAGCACCUGACAACACGAAUUCCCGAAAAAUGUCAUCGUCGCACCGAGGGUUUGACACGCGAAAAACGCGAGAUCGGCUAUCAAAACAUAACCUCAUCGUCCCGAGUUGUUGUCUCGUUUGACAUUUACUCAUGCAUAACAAACUUGAAUGUCUAUUAAGUCUCGUUUAAUUUGAUUUGAGAGCAUUUUCUCGUGUUAAUCUGAGAGAGGCUCCUUAUGAUUUUCUUUGUUUCUCUAUGAAUUUUUUCUCUAUGUCGAUUUUUUCUAUGAACGAGAAUUACCUCAAAGAAAUUUUGUCUCGUAAUGUUGCGUCGUAUUUAUUGUCGUACCCUGAUAAAUUUUCCAAUUUGAAGAACUAGAUAAUAAUGCGUUAUUAAACUUCUAAACAUGUAGCAUUUAUAUUUAAUGCUGUUCAUCAUAAUUCAUAGAGAUUAACUUUUUGCUUUCUUUUUUCAUGACAUUCUCUCUCUGUUUCUGUCCUUAUGACGCUCUUCUUGAAAACAGCAUUAGUGCUACUAGCAUUUGCUGGUUCUAUUGGAAUGACAUUUGUCAUUCUUGGCUGUGCAUUACCAAUAUACAAAGUAUGGUGGCCAUUUUUCGUUGUAUUAUUCUAUAUAUUGGCACCUAUUCCAACUAUAAUAGCACGCCGCUACACAGAUGAUUCAGGAAGCAACAGUAAUCCAUGUUUAGAAUUGGCAAUAUUUAUCACAAUGGGAUUUGUAGUAUCAUCCUUUGCUCUUCCAAUUGUGUUGGCGCGAUCUCCAGCAGCCCAACCAGUAAUACAAUGGGGCGCUUGUUAUUUGACAUUAGCAGGUAACAUUGUUGUGUAUUCAACUCUAGUUGGAUUUUUCAUAACCUUUGAUCAAGACGAUACCGAUUAUAACAUGUGGUGAGGUACUGCUGCAUUGUACUUACUCAUCAUGAUAAAAAUGUUUUUCGUGAGAUUAAAGGGAAAGAAAUAUCAAUCAUGCAGUGCACUGACUGAAAGCUAUAUGUUGAUUCUAAAUUAUGCUAUGAAACUUAUUGUAUACUGUUUACAUAAUAUAAACCUCUAAUAUGGAUACUUUACUAUAUUGAUGCUGCAAAAGGAAAUAGUAAUAUAGUGCACUAACCAUAGAAUGAUGUCAGAACUAUGGCGUUAUUUGUCGAAUAAUGAUGGUACAUCGGAUUCUAUGCGUGUUACGAAGCGGCAAAAAAAUUGCAUUUGAUGUUUUAGAUUUUUCGUACGGAACUAUUCAGGAUAAUCUGAAGCGCAACAAUGCAAGGAUGUGAAGAUAUUUUUUAUUUAAUCUAAGUCUUUCAUAUUAAUAAUGGUAAUAAAACUACAAUUUAUUACUUCA